UCUCAUUCGAGGAGGAUUUUGCUGGUCAGAAAAUGAAAGUAUUUAUCCAGAUGAAUGGGUUGUCAGCGCUGUUUGACUAGCUUAGCAGUAGCUACACCCACUCUGUAAUACGAUUUGCAGGCGCAGCGGUUCACACGGAUGCUGUCACUUAAUAUGACCUACAUGUGUUACUCGGUGUCGGGAUUUGUUUUGCUACAUAGCUAAUUAGCUGUUAGCUUGUCAGCUAGCUAGCAAGCAAGCUAGAAAACCGUUGCACCCCGGUGGCUUUAGAAAUUAGCGUUCAUCAGAUGACCACCAACCACUUCUUUUUCCGGGACUCAUGACUGUCCUUUUGUCACAAUGUUUUUGAGGGUAGUUUUACCAAGUGAUAGCGAUACUGAUAACAGUGAACUAGCUAACCUGAGUUAGCCAGUUUAAAGCCCACCGUGUCGUUAACAUUUGAAGCAGCGGUGAGGGACAAGCUAACUGUACAGCCAUCAGACGGGCUAGCUAGGAUACCGUUUUCUAGCAUCAGGGGUUAGCGACGUUUCCAGCGACAAUGGCUAACGUGACAGACCUGCAAACAAAAUACAGCAAGCUGGCACAGGAGUACUCCAAGCUCCGCGCCCAGAACCAGGUGCUGAAGAAGGCGGUCGUGGAUGAACAGGCCAACUCUGCCUCAUUUAAGGAGCAGCUGAAGCAGAGGGACCAGAGUCUGAGGAAGCAGGAGCAGGAGAUGGACAGUCUCAGCUUCAGGAACCAACAGCUGGCCAAGAGAGUGGAGCUGCUGCAAGAGGAGCUAGCUGUCAGUGAAGCCAAGGGCAAAAAGGGGAAGAGUAAAGCAGACUCUCCGUCACAGCAUGGUCUGGAGACUCAGAAUGUUUUUGAUGAGGACCUGCAGAAAAAGAUAGAAGAAAAUGAGCGACUUCACAUCCAAUUUUAUGAAGCAGAUGAGCGGCACAGGAGGCAGGAGGCCGAGCUUACAACACGACUGCAGGAGCUGGAGAGAGACUCCGAGCAGCACCAGGCUGUUGUGGACGGACUCACCACGAAGUACAUGGAAACAAUUGAGCGGCUGCAGAGUGACAAAGCACGUUUAGAGUUGAAAGCACAGACCUUGGAGAGGGAAGCAAAGGAGUGCAGAAUGCGAACAGAAGAAUGUCAGCAGCAGUUGAGGCGAUGCCAGACCGAGUUGAACAGACAGGUGAAGCAAAGCAGCAGCGUUAUCCAGGAGAAAGUGCCCUUUAAUGACACCAAAUUUAGUGACUACAACAGCCUAAAUGUGCCACCACACAAUCGGAGACACCAGCUGAAAGCACGGGACUUGGCUGGUCAGGCUCUGAGCUUUAUUCAGGACCUGGUGGCUGCUCUGUUGAACUUCCACUCCUACACAGAACAGAGAGUGCACAUCUAUCCCCUGGACUCCUCCAUCGAGCCCAUCUCCCCUCUAAACCAGAAGUUUUCUCAUUAUCUACAUGAGAAUGCAGCCUAUGUGCGCCCCCUAGAGGACAGCUUUCUGCAGUUACACCAAAGCAUCACAGAGGACACUGUCACAGUACUGGAGACUGUGGUCAAGCUGAAGAGUUUUGCUGAUUAUUUCUCUUCAUACACCCACUUUCUGCAAAAGAUUCUUCCUUACCAGCUGAAAAGCCUGGAAGAAGAGUGCGACGCACCUCUUUGUACUGCUGCCCUUACUGUGAAAAACCAGGAGUUGCAGAGUGAUAUGAAGAGAGUAACUUCGGUGUUUGAGAAGCUGCAGAGCUACAUUAACCUUUUGGCCUUACCUAGUGUUCGGCAGGAUGCCAUGCCACAGAGCAGCACCUCAGCUGUCUUCACCCAGCUGGCUGCCUGCCUGCACAGUCUUCACGAUGCCAUUAAAGAGAUGUCAAAGCACUACAACCAGAAGGCUGGCUUAGAGAAGGAACUCCCCACCGUCACCCAGAAGCUCAGCACCACCACAGAGUGCCUGCUGGGAUCUUUGGGCUCUCUGACCAGCAGCACUGGCAAGAUUGCCACUUUCUUCAGCAACAACUUGGACUUCUUCACAUCAUCGGGCUACAGUCCAAAAGGCAGCACAGCAACACUCAACCCCUUGCAGGCAGAGAGUAUGCUGGCCAACAAAAAGAAAGCAGCUGCCUAUUUCCAUGCAAUCAAAAAGGCAAGGCCACAGUCUGUUCCAUACAGAGAAGCCCUGUCAAACCGUCGUAUACUCACCAGCUCCACCGAGAGCAGAGAAGGUCUCACUCAGCAGGUGCAGCAGAGCCAGGAGAAGAUUGCUCGGCUGGAGCAAGAGAAGGAGCACUGGCUCCUGGAGGCCCAGCUGGGGAAGGUGCGGUUGGAAAAGGAAAACCAGCGCAUUGCGGAGCUGGAAGCGCAGCUCGCGGCAGCUCUAGGGGGAAGUCCAAAUUCACAACCAGCCACAGCCAGCACGCUCGCAGAGAGCCAUGAGGAAGCAGAGAAGGAGCAGAGGGCUGCUGGGAAAGAGACUACGCUGUGCACCAGCCUGGUUGGCAUGUUGUGCACAACACCUACAGUUGAGCAUGUGGGAGACGAGGAGUCCAGAGAGCAGCUGAUAAAGACUCACUACAUGGCCAGAGUAGGAGAGCUCACCACCCAGCUCCAGAUUUCAGACAGCAAAGCAGUGCACUUUCACUCAGAGUGUCGGGCUUUGGCCAAGAGAUUAGCCAUUGCAGAAAAGUCACGGGAGACUCUGAGCGAGGAGGUCAAGGUGGCUAAUCAGAACAUCACACGCUUGCAGGAUGAGCUGACCACAACGAAGAGGAGCUAUGAAGACCAGCUCAGCAUGAUGAGCGACCACCUGUGUAGUAUGAAUGAGACUUUGAGCAAGCAGAGAGAGGAGAUCGACACACUCAAACUGGGCAGCAAGGGAAAUGCCAAAAAGAAUAAAGGUCGCUAGAGCUGCCCCCUAAACUUUGGCUCCAUUUUGGCAUCACAAAGGAUCGGUUCUGUGGAGCCUCCCAGCAGCGUCCUGGUACCAACACCAUCACCAAACCACAGGACGGCUACAUGAGCCUUAGAUCCCUCCACUGCUAGGCAGUGAACUUAUUACGAAGGCUUGAACAUGUUUUGACUGAAGAAGCUUCUUUUUUUCCCCCCCUUUUCCUUGUCACAGCACCAGUUAUAACACAACAUGAUUCGCUGAGAAUGCUUUCUGAAACAGAACCGGAAGCUGCUGCUUGACCUUUUUGGCCAAAGCAGGAUGGGAGAGAAACAGCUUUUCCCCCAAAAGGGACAGAGAAAGAUAAACAGCGGGGACAGUUGAGGUUGGUAAUGCUCACUGCAGUCAAGACUUGAAGACCAAACCCUGUUGAUCAGUGUGUGUACUUUUCCUGCUUUUAGCGUACGUGUCAGAGAAAAUGAAAUCCUUACUGCUUAUCUGUGGGAGGAGGCGAACAGAGCAAAUGUUGGUGUGGCUGUUAUGUGUGCAGAGUGCUGUCUCAUUGUAUGACUGUGGUACCAGGCUUACAACAUGUGUUUUACACUUAAUUUUUUGUUUUGCUUUUUGAGUUAAAAUUUGAAAUGAUUUGUGCAAGGUCCUGUAUGUCUACAUACAGCAUAAUACCCCGUACAACUAAUGCAUAUAUCAAAAGCUUCUGUAAAGAAGGGCUUCAAAACCUGAAUGAACAACUAACAGAGAAA